CACAUGAUCAGGGAACGGCGGCUUCCGGGCUCUGUUUCCGACCGGACGGUUUUGAACUUAGUACCGGAAGAGGAGCCUCAUUGAGUGCCGGUUCCACCACCAGGAGCGGGAGAGGACGCGGCCGGUGGCGCGCCCUGAGCGCGAAGAUCUCAGGAGCGCGCGGCUCCCAGUGCCAUGGUGGGCUGGAGGCUCCUUGCCCGCGCGGCCGAGGGGCUGUGGGCCCAGGCCGGCGGCAGCGGGGUCUGCGGGUUACACUUCAGCCUUAUUGUUAGGAGCACCCAUGGUGCCAGUUCUACCUGGUGGCAUGAACACCUUUCUGAAGAAAAUUACGAAUUUCUUAAAAAGUUAACUGCUGAAGAAUAUAAGGCCCAAACAGCAAGUAAACUGUGUCCUCUGAAAGAUGAACCAUGGCCCAUACAUCCUUGGGAGCCAGGUUCUGUAAGAGUUGGCCUUAUUGCAGCAAAAUUGGGCAUGAUGCCCUUGUGGACCAAAGAUGGUAAAAAAUUUGUUGUCACAUUACUUCAGGUACAAGACUGUCAUGUCCUUAAAUAUACUCCAAAGGAAGAAUGUAAUAGGAAUCGAGGGGCCCUAAUAGUAGGAGGAAAAAAUGUAUCACCUUUCUAUAAAUCUGAAUCAUUAAUGCAAAUGUACCGAGAAGUUGGAGUGCCACCAAAACAGAAAUUCUCAACAUUUCGUGUGACUGAUAAUGCUAUAAUUAAACCAGGCACUCCUCUGUAUGCUGCACAUUUUCGCCCUGGACAGUAUGUGGAUGUCACAGCCAAAACAAUUGGCAAAGGUUUUCAAGGAGUCAUGAAAAGGUGGGGAUUUAAAGGACAACCUGCCUCUCAUGGUCAGACCAAAACCCACAGAAGGCCUGGAGCGAUAGCAACUGGUGAUAUUGCCAGAGUUUGGCCUGGAAAGAAAAUGCCUGGUAAAAUGGGUAACAGAUAUCGAACAGAAUUUGGCUUAAAGGUGUGGAGGAUAAACACAAAACACGAUAUAAUCUAUGUGAAUGGUUCUGUGCCUGGACACAGGAAUUGUUUAGUAAAGAUCAGGGAUUCUAUCCUGCCACCCUAUAAAGACUUUGCCAGAAAUCUGCCCUUCCCUACUUAUUUUCCUGAUAAUGAGAAUGAAGAGGAACUGCCAGAGGAUUUGUUUGCCGAAGAUGUUUUUCAGCCUAAUGAACCUUCUAUUGUAUACGCCUAACAUCUCUGCCCAUGGUGAACUCUCUCCUUCUCUGGACGCUACAGAACUAGGACCACGAAGAACCCAGCAGCACCUCCUUUCUGGGCCCUUUGUGGCAAGCCUAGAACAGCCCUCAGCUCACCUGCAGAUUCUAAAUCAUGGUAUUAAACAGGCUUGAUGGAUGGUUGAAUUUUAAGCUGGGUAUCAAUUUGCCUAUUAAAAAUGUCUUUUUAGAA